UUUAGUGAAAGUAGUCAAAUUGUGGUCAAAUAUAAAAGUCACCAUCGGACAAAUAUGAAAUUGUUCAAUAUUUUAUUGGUGACUUUGUGUCUAUAUUUUGUAAUAUGUAUGGUAAAUGCUAAUGAUGAUAAUGAAAUUGUUAAAGAUGAAAACGAUGAAGAAAAUCCAACUGAACCUCCUUCACCUUCGGAGUCCACCCCAGCUUCAUCUUCGUCUGAGGAUGAUAAAACAACUGAACCUGAAGUAAAGAAAACUCCACAAUUGGACAGUGCCACCAUAGCUGUAUCGUGUGAAGAGCACCAUUCAUCAAAAUCUCAUAGUAACCAAAAUCAAAUGUACAACCACGAUCCAUUUCUACAAGAAUUCAAACCAAUACCUUGGUGGACACUAUAUUAUAAACCAGUAGUAGAAAAAUUGGUGCCUCUUUAUGCUGCACAAAAGCAACAAGAUCCACAAACACAAGUCCAAGACAUUUGGAAUCUCUGGAAUUCUGCCCAAAAUCCACCAUAUCAACAAAACCCUUCAUAUCAGCAAAACGUUCCAUAUCAACCAAACCCAAUUAAUCAACGUCCUCAAAUAAAUGCUCAAAAUUCUGGUACACUAUGUACUUCAAAUUAUUAUGGCCAGAAUCAAAAUUGCAAUCCAGAUCUAUAUUAUCCCCAAACUCAAUACACACCUUAUGUACAAACCCAAUAUCAACAAACUCAAUAUCCUUUGGUGCAACCUCAAGUUUAUAGUCAAAACCAAGUCAUGUCCCAAAGUCAAUAUCCUUCGAUACAACCACAAAACUUACAUUAUGGACCAAACCAAGUCCUUUCUCAAAGCCAGUAUCCUUCCUCUGAAUUUGUUCAAAGUUCUUCUUUUGCUCCUACAAAUCCAACUCCAUAUCAAGUUCAGGAAAACGAAGUUAUACAGGAGUCUGAUAUUUAUAGACCAGAUAUUGGUGGACAAAAACAGCAGUUACAUCAUCCUGCCAAAUGUCUGGGUGCCUUCGAGGUCUACAGCCACUGCCUCGGCCAUUGCGACCGAACCUGCGACGGAAGUGACAGGAUGCCGACACCGUGCAGUGCUGACAUCUGUAUUGCAGGAUGCAACUGCAUUUCUGGGUACUCUAGAGACGAGGACGGACAUUGCAUAGAGACCGGCAAGUGCAAGAAAAAUGAAGACAAAGAGGGAAAGGGGCCUACCAAAAUUGUUGUGGCUGUUAUGAAGAAAGAUAGAAGUUGA